GUUGAAUAUCACAACAAUAACAGACGACAGCUCGUUAACUUCGAGUUGUGUUUAGCUGACAGCGCAGCAUCUACAAAAUAGACGCGCUAGUUAGCCCAGCUAGCUCCUGUUUGACCUCCUGUUAGCUCGUUUAGCUUCAGGGUGUACAACCAUGUGACACAGUGACCUUUUCGUAAGACAGGUAUAGUCUGUAUGUCUUGUUUUGAUUGUAUGGAAUAGAACUAAACAGUAAGAGUGAAAUGUGCAAAAGUUUGGGCACCCUGCUAACUCAGUAUUGGGUAAAUGUCACAGCUUUUUGUAGCAGCUAGGAGUUUCUGUUUCUGAUUUUCCUUACUUAACUGCAGGACAUUUACCCUCAGAGUUUGUUGAUAUUUAGUGAAAUCCAUUCUUCUCCUCUAUCUGUGCAAGGUUUCUUGUGACACUGGCUGCCACACAACCUCUAAGCAGGAUAUUUACACCACCAUAUCACAAUUAAUGUUGAAUUUCCUCUCUGUUUUUUAAAGUUCAUGAAAUUAAAGAAAAAACAUUUAAGUAAGCACAUUAACAUUUCAGGAAAGGCUGCUGUCUGGAUUGUAGAUCAACAAAAUAGGUCAUUUGCCUUAAUGAUGUCCAAACUUUAGCAGCACUGGUACAUAAUCAGCAGUGACACAUGUUGAUAAGAGGCAGUUAGUGCAGAUGAUAAGUGGUAUAUGACGGGGGAACAUUAGGCAGACGUUCAGAAAAACAGGGAUACACCACUCAGACUCGACACACCAGAACAAGACUAAAACUGUGUAUCUGCCUUGUGAACCACUUUGACCAUGGCACAAUAAACGUCUGAUUGCCCUGCUGCUGCUCAUCACCUGAGGGAGGCCGAGUCACCGAUGCUUUAAUAUCAUGAGACGUGUCGACAGGAAGGACGAAUCUACUGUUUACCAACGGGUCGUGUUAAAGAACGCCUCGCCGUACCACUACAUGAAAGUCUGCCUCGUCCUGGAGGAUGAGUCUACCAGGCUGAGUGCAGUGGAAUUCAAGUGCUUCAUCAUCUCAGGCCUGAAGAGCCUGUUUGGAGAGGUGGGAGCAGCUUUGACCUUUGACCUGUUGAAGUACGAUGAAGACACCCUCACUGCUCUUCUGCGUGUUUGUAGCAGGGGUUUGGUGAAGCUGUGGAGCUCCCUGACUCUGCUGGGCUCCUACCAGAACCAGGCUUGUGCCUUCAGAGUGCUGCAGGUGUCUCCGUACCUCCUGGCGCUGACAGGAAACAGCCGAGAGCUGCAGCUGUACUGACAGAGGAGAAGCGUUGUUUCCUUCAGGAUGAGUUUCAUGUGGAGGAGUGUCUUUAACAAACCGCGGCUCUGCCUCUCCUCCAUCGCAGCAGCAGCUCCUCUGCCCUGCCGGCUGCUCCACGUCGGCCAGCGAGCCUCCCUCACCAAAGCCUUCUCCUCUAGAGAUGUGGAGCUCUUCGCUGAGCUGACAGGCGACACAAACCCCCUCCACCUGGACCCAGUCUACGCCAGCACCACCUCCUUCGAGACGCCCAUCGUCCACGGCGUCCUCAUCAAUGGCCUGAUCUCGGCCGUGCUCGGCACCAAGAUGCCAGGCCGCGGCUGCGUCUUCCUGCAUCAGGAGAUCCGCUUCCCGGCGCCCCUGUAUGUUGGUGAGGAGGUGCUGGCCGAAGCCGAGGUCCGCAAGAUCAAGAUGUCGUUUGCCUUGAUCGCCGUGACGUGUUCGGUCAAAGACAAGGUGGUGAUGGACGGGGAGGUGAUGGUGAUGAUGCCCGAGGAUCAGCAGAAGAAGGGGUGAGAGGAGGGGGGAGGAGGAGAUGAGGACAGAGGUCAGAGGUCACAGCAGCCUGACAGUAAACACAUCAGAAAAUGUGUUCAGUUCAGCUUGGCAUCUCCUGAAUGGAUUCGGUUUUAGUUUGCAGCUGCUUUUCUACAUGUAGAAUGUGCCCCAUGUUGAUUUGAUGCUGUUAUUUUUGAUUAUGUACUUGAACAAAAAGAAGAAGAAGAAGGACACUUAACAGAGAGAUGUGAGUGAGUUGAUGAUAUAUCAUUGAGUGUGUGUACUCUGUCAGCUCUGCUCUGCUUUUUUUGUUGUACAUGUGGAAUAAAAAGGCUAAGUUACCACUGAA